GAUUAAAUGUUGUUUAUGGAAUUGCAUUAAUGUCCGAGCUGUCUUGAAGGAUCUUAUUCAUAUAACUUUAGAUUGUUCAAGAGUUUCUCCAUGAACAACCUGAAUGAUCCGCCUAGAUGGAAUAUUAGACCAGAUCCAGCCCGAGGAGAUGGUGGGGGUAGAUGGAAUUAUGCCCUGCUGGUGCCAAUGAUUGGUCUGGCAGCAUUUCGUUGGAUAUGGACUCGUGAAUCACAGAAACAGAUCCAAGAUGUGAAAGAUAAGUACAACAGCGACAUGGCAGCUAUCACCAAAGACCUGGAGAUGAAGUACAGAGACACGCUGACGGAAAACCGACGGACGGCGGCGCAGCUGGAGGUGGAGCUUGAGAAUGAGCGCCAGCGUGUGAAGGGCUACAGGAAGGCCCUGAUCUCUCAGAGCCAGCAGCUCAUGGAGGAACGCAAGCAGCUUCAACAAGAACGGCAAGAUCUGGAGCAAGAGAAGAACUGGUUGCUCCAGUCUGGCGUGGCCAGGGUGGCGCUUCAGAAAGCCCUGAAACGAGAGGAGGAGUGGCAGCGCAGAGCUCAGACUCUCUUACAGGAACUAGAGGAGAAGCUAGUGGAGAGGCAGGAAGCAUUCUGCAGUAUCCUUUUGCCACGGGAACAACGUCUGGAGAUGGAGAAGAACCUGCUGCUGAAGGCUGCCAAAGACCCUGUGGGUGCAGAGCUGAAUCUAGAGGGGGAUCUCAGGGACAUAUUUAAGAAUGACAGACACUGCGCAGAUUUGCUUAACACUGAUAAACGCAAGAAUGGCAGUUUGAUGUGGCUGUAUCUCAGGUACUGGCAGCUGCAGGUCACUCUGCAGAAACACAAGAGGGCAGAGAAGACACUCAAAGGAGGGCCACCGAACUCCAACAGACCUUGAUGCAGGAACCUAUGAUAGAAUCACAGAUCUCUAUGAAACAAAAUCUUGCUGCUGUUUUCCUUUGCUAAUCUAAUUUAUUGCCAUCAUUUUUCAGUUAACUAUUUAUGAUGCCAAACCUUUGUGGAAACCUUUUGAGCCUGUAAAAGGGAAACCUUACCCAAAACCCACCCUCAUAUAGUUCUGACCCUGUAUUAUUGUCUUUCUUCCAUGAAACACAAAAGGUGAUGUUUUGUCCUUUAAACUAUCCCUAGUCCUUGACAAUCAUAUCUGAAAAUGCAGCUGCAAAAUGAUUCUAUUGUGUCAGGAAUAAAGUUUAUCUUAAUCAUU